UUGAGACUGAGUUCAGAAUCAUUCGAAAACAUCAACAUACCUCCAACAUUUCUCUACAAGUUAGGAAUUAAGCAAAUAAUCAGUAGUUUAUCAAUAUUCCAGCGUUAUCUAUCUUCAUGAGAUUCUGUUGGACUAUGGAUAGAAGCUCAUCAUAAUUUAUUUUUACAUUCAUUUGGCGCACGGUUUUUCGACCCGGAUAGCAACAUAUACCUAUUUCAUGACAACAUUACUCCUUCACGUUUAAGUUACUAGCAAAAUUGCACAAAAUGUAUCAGCCAUUGGAUAACGACAGAAGAACGCUGUUUGCCAAAUAUGUAAGGAUAUUUAGUGUGGUUGUAACGUAUUGGAUUAUUUCCAUACUGACUGUUUUCGUGAACAAAGCUCUACUAAGCGGUUUGGACCUUGAAGCGCCACUGUUUGUAACAUGGUUCCAAGUUUUGGUUUCUUCAUCCAUUUGCUUUGUGAUGACGAUAUUAAGCAAGAAGUAUCCAAAAUUGUUGAACGUUCCUGCUGGAAAUCCAUUGGAUAGGACCACAUUCCGGAAAGUGAUACCACUCUCUUUGCUUUUCACUGUCAUGAUAACCACAAAUAAUCUUUGCUUGAAGUACGUUGGCGUGGCGUUCUAUUACAUAGGACGAUCGUUAACAACGGUAUUCAAUGUGGUGUUGACAUAUUUUUUACUAGGAGAGAAAACUAGUAGCAAAUCUGUACUUUGCUGCUUGCUCAUUGUAGCAGGUUUCUGGAUCGGUGUAGAUCAGGAAAGUUUGACUGAAUCUUUUUCACUCAUAGGAACAAUGUUUGGAGUGUUCGGUUCGUUCAGUCUGUCUUUAUAUUCAAUUUACACCAAACGAACUCUUGUGCAUGUGAACCAGGAAGUGUGGCUUUUGACAUACUAUAACAACGUUUACUCUGCCGUUAUCUUCAUCCCUCUGAUACUGAUUAACGGGGAACUUUCUGUGAUCAUAGCUUACAAGCAUUUGACAGAGCUAUGGUUCUGGGGUGCAAUGACAGUUGGAGGCAUAUGUGGAUUUGCAAUAGGAUUCGUUACUGCUCUACAGAUAAAAGUUACUUCAGCUUUGACUCAUAACAUAUCAGGAACGGCCAAAGCUUGUGCUCAGACUGUAAUAGCUACUUCGUGGUACAACGAAGCUAAAUCAUCCCUUUGGUGGACAUCCAAUAUCGUUGUGUUAGUGGGGAGUGCUCUUUAUACACGCGUAAAGCAGCUGGAGAUGGAUCAACGACAUCGGAUACAAAUGAAUAGUCAGAAAAUGGGUAUUUAA